AUGUCAGCGACCGUAAUCGGUGAAGCCAUGGCGGUAUCAUCAGCAGCAUCAGAAACUCAGGCCACAUCGGCAAAACCCGAAGUCGAGUCGGUAAAGUGCGAAUGCUGUGGACUGAGUGAGGAGUGUACCCCGACGUAUAUCGAACGUGUACGAGAACGAUAUCAAGGUAAAUGGAUCUGCGGCCUGUGUACUGAAGCUGUGAAAGAUGAGAUUACGAGGACACACGGGCUCAUCAGUACCGAGGAAGCAAUGGCCAGGCACAUGGAUUUUUGCCAAGCGUUUGUGUCCUCGGGGCCGCCUGCUGAUCCUACGGUUCAUCUCAUAUCUGCCAUGAGAAGUAUUCUUAGGAGGAGUUUGGAUUGUCCGAGAGGUUUGAGGUCAACACCGAGUAGUCCUACGAGAAAAGUGGGUGAAAUUCGGGGUCCAGGGCUUACUCGCGCCGAGAGUUGUUUCCCUACGCUCUCCGGUUGA